AUGAGUAGGCGGUCGGCGACGAACUCGAUGUACUGGCUCAUGAGCCAGCCGUUCAUUCCGAUCAGCGCGACGGGGAGCGCGUCGCAGAUGAACUCACGCUCGAUGUCCACGGCGUCGGGGACGAUCUCGCGGAGGCGGGACUCAUCGAGCUUGCCGAAACACGAAGAGGAGAAGCAAGCUGUGAUAGCGGCCGGUGAAUUUGAGAUGAUGCUCUCCUUUCUCAACGUCGCCAAUGAAGAGCGUGCCAAGAACAACGUGGUGAGGACAUGGGUGAGGCAGGUCCGUGACCCAGCCUACGACGUGGAGGAUUGCAUUGAGUUUGUUGUUCACUUGGAUAACCGGCCCCACUGGUGGCGCCGCUUCAUACCAUCAUGUAUGGCAGCAUCGGUGCUACCCAUAUCUGCAGUGGUCGCAGAGAUAGAGCAGAUCAAGGCCAGGGUCGAGGAUGUUAGCAAGAGGAACUCGCGCUAUAGCCUCAUCAGUGAAUCUGGAUCCAAACCAAUCAUGCAGCAACAACCCACAACCAGCCCUGCUAAUGGCGCAACAGCACGUGACAUGUUUGCUGAGGCAAGGGACACCACAAAAAAGCAGCAAGGCAUAGGGGAUCUCACACAGCUGAUAACCAAGGAAAAUAGUGAUCUUGGAGUGAUCUCGGUGUGGGGGAUAGGUGGUGAUCUUGGUAGGACAUCCAUAAGGAAAGCCUACCAAGAUCCAGAAAUCUGCCAAAACUUUGGAUGUCGUGGCUGGAUCAGGUUGACAUAUCCUUUCAAUCCCCACAAAUUCCAGCAGAGCUUAGUGACUCAGUUCUACACAAAUUCUUGCUUACAACAAGGAACCACUGUAGAUGUAGCCGAACUGAAAAGGAUGGAGAGAACAGGAGCAAAGCAAGGAGGGCUCCUCGAAGAACUCCUGAAGCAAGCGGAUGAGAAGAGGUACCUAAUCGUCCUGGAAAAUGUGUGCACAAUGGGAGAGUGGGAUGCCAUCAGGGCAUGCCUACCCGAUAGGCAGAAGGGCAACUGGAUUAUCGUGGCAACAGAGAAACGAGAAAUCGCAAGCUUGUGUAUUGGACACUCGUACCAAGUGUUGGAGCUUAAACAGUACUCAGCUGAGCACCCUGUAUGUGUGUUCUUCAAGGAGGGUCCUCAGGGUAAGGAGACUGGAAGAGUAAUGUCAAGCAACAAUGAGAUAUUAAUGGAGGAUGAAGUGAAUCACGGGGGAGGUCUUACUUCCUAUCACAGGAUUCCGACCUCAAGAAAGGAUGUAGCCAUUAGCUGGUUUGACCAGUUUAGCCUUUUUGGACGUGUUGGGAAAUCAGUUCUAGUCAGAAAUUUGUAUUAUGAAAGAAUGCUUCAAAAGGACCCAAUAUUUAACAAGUAUGGUUGGGUUCUGGUAUCCCAUCCAUUCAAUUUGAGGGACUUCUCUCGGAGCUUACUUUUGGAUUUUCAUUCAGAACCUAUUGAAACCUUGGGAAUGGAAGACCCUAUUCAGGAAUGCCAUAAGCUUCUAAAAGAACAUCCGUGUCUUGUUAUUGAUGAUGUACAGUCUACAGAAGAAUGGGAUUUAAUACAACCUUCCCUGGUAUCUAGACAUUCCAAGAGUGUUAUCGUUGUCAUCACAACCGAAGAAAGCAUUGCUACAUAUUGUGCAGACAAUGAAGAGGUUGUGUUUAACGUGAAGGGCCUAGAAGCUCAAGCAUCCUUGGAUCUCUUCAGAAAAGAGGUACAAAAUAAAAACCUGGCAUCACCUCUAAAGAAUUCAGAUGACAAAGAGCUAGAACAACUUAUUGUGAAGUGUGGUAGACUUCCUAAAGUAAUAGUUGCUGUAGCCAAGUUUUUGGCACCCAAGACAGUCACAUGUAUGGAGAGCACUAGAACGCUUAAUCGCAGAUUUAUGCACGAGCUAGAGAGCAACCCUGAGUUUCAUGGUCUGAGAGAUGUGUUUGGUUGGAUGCAUUCCUACUCAAGGCGUUUGGUGAUGCGAUGGGUUGCUGAGGGCUACUUCAGGGACACUAAAGACACAACUGCAGAGGAGAAAGGGGAGAUCCUCUUCUCAAUGCUCGUCAACCUUAGCAUGAUCCAGCCACCAAUGUGCAAAGCCAUCACACACAUGAGAAUGAUCCGAUGCCAAGUCAGUGCUUUCUUCCACGAAUACAUCAUCUCACGUCCAGACGAAGAGAAUAUUAUAUUUGCACUGGAGGUCUUUGCACUGAAGGGGCGUUGCCUUCCAACCACCCGGCGCACAGGACGCCACCUUGUAAUAGAGAGCAGCUGGGACAGAGACAGGAUUGUGUUUGAAAGCAUUGAUUUUUCACGUCUACGGUCAUUAACAGUGUUUGGGGAGUGGGAAUCAUUCUUCAUCUCUAAAAGUAUGAAGGUGCUUCGAGUGCUCGAUCUGGAGAAUGCAACAGGUAUGACAGAUAAAGACCUCAAGCUAAUGGUGAAGCUUCUUCCUCGUCUCAAGAUUCUAUCUCUGCGAGGAAGCAGUGGGAUCCGCCAUCUGCCGAGUUCAUUGGGUGAGUUACGGCAGCUUGAGACUCUGGAUGUCAGGCAUACCUCCAUAGUUACCUUGCCAGCAUCUAUCACCAAGUUAAAGAAACUUCAGUACAUUCGUGCUGGCACAACUUUCCCAGCAGGGGAACCAUCAACACCAUGCAGAUCUCAUAAACUAGUUGGUGUUGAGGUGCCAGUAGGUAUUGACAAGCUGACUGCUUUGCACACGCUUGGUGUUGUCAAUGCUGGUCUUGCAGGGGGCAAGGACUCCCUCAAAGAGCUCAAGAAGAUUACCCAAUUGCGCAAGCUUGGAGUGUUCGGUGUCAACAAGAAAAACUGCACGGAGUUCUGUGCUGCCAUUGCAUGCCGUGUCCGUCUGGAAUCCUUGUCAGUGUGGCUCAGCAAGGGCAAUGAAGAAUGUUUGGAUGACAUUUCCUUGCAUCUGGAGAAGCCUCUAGAGAAAAUUCAGCAGCAGCCCUAG